UGACUUUGCGAGGUUAAGUGCAGCAACAGCAAUAAUUUACAAGAAAUGUCAACGUAUCGGCGGAGGUAGGGCACAAAUAAUCGUUUAGCUUUAUUAAUCAACCACCAUGGCUCCGCCGGAAACGUUGGCAUUGAACCCGGAGGUAGAGAAACCGAGAAUCAGUGUUCUUUGUAUGGACAUCAGCAAUUACAGUCAAACGGUGCAGUUUUUGGUGUGCAGCACGGCGGUUUUCGUGUUUUACAUCCUUUAUGGAUACAUGCAGGAGCUUAUUUUCACGCUGGAUGGUUUCUCUCCCUACGGUUGGUACCUAACCUUGGUUCAGUUUGGUUGUUACACAAUUUUUGGAUUAAUCGAAACCAGGCUUCGCAAAAUACAUUCCCGAAGGAUACCCUUGAAGAUAUAUUUUCUAUUGGCAUUGCUCACAUUGGGCACAAUGGGUCUAUCCAAUUCUUCCUUGGGAUAUUUGAACUACCCAACGCAAGUAAUUUUUAAGUGCUGCAAACUCAUUCCCGUGUUGGCCGGCGGCAUUCUGAUACAAGGCAAACGGUAUGGGCCGCUGGAUUUUCUGGCCGCACUUUUUAUGUGCGUUGGGUUAACAUUAUUUACUUUGGCUGACUCAAAACUGCAACCUAAUUUCAACACACAGGGUAUCGCAAUGAUUUCGCUAGCAUUACUCUGCGACGCUAUUAUCGGCAACGUGCAAGAAAAAUACAUGAAGAAUUACGGCGCGACCAACGCUGAGGUAGUGCUGUAUUCCUAUGGUUUGGGAUUUGUUUACCUUUUUGUGGUUAUGUUGUUGACCGGCGAUUUAAUCGACGGUGUGCAAUUUUUCUCGAAGAAUUUCAACCAGAACUAUGGCUACGCCUUCAUAUUUUCCAUUACAGGAUACCUCGGUAUUCAGGUGGUACUGACGCUGGUGAGGUCCACUGGCGCAUUCGCCGCAGUUACCGUUACCACCUGCAGGAAAGCCGUUACCAUUGUUAUAUCGUUCAUUUUCUUCAGCAAACCAUUCUCGUUUCAGUACCUUUGGUCGGGCGGUAUAGUCGUGCUGGGUAUUUACAUGAAUUUGUACAGCAAAAAGCACCCGCUGUCGAUGGGCGAUUUUGAAGAAAUGGUCGACCGGUGCCUGAGACGACUCAAAACAAAGUUCCUAGCCAAACACUACAGCGGUGGCCAAUAUUUGGCCAACGUUUAACCGACGCUUCCGCUUUACCCGACGAAUAAAAACGCCUCUCGUCGAUAGCACAUUGUUUUAUUCGUAUUUACAAAAGUUUUCAUCUUUCCAUCUGGAACUCUCGAAAAGAACACGCGGGACACUGAACGGUGGUUCCUAGUCGUUAAAAAGUGAUCGUACACUCACUAAAUGCUUAAAACAUAUGUAUAUAAUAUAUUUAUAUAAAAAAAAUCCAUAAUAUACAAUAAUAUGAAUGACUAAGGCCAGAGACGGGUCGAGGGUGGGAAACUCUUAAAAAAAACGAAGGGCGGAAAGAGCGACCCGUCUGCGGCGCACCUAACCUAUAAUUAACGCAAACAGAUUCACAUUCACGAUGUUUAAGUGGUUCCGUAUUACUUAAAACGCACGACGAAAAAAAAAUCGUUUUUAGAAAAAUAUUCGUCUAUAUAUGGUUUUUUUUUUCUGGACUACCGAGGGCUCUAUUGCACGAGAACGAGCGGCGUGGCCCGGGAAAAGUAUCCCGGGGCACUCCGCGACCUAAAAGAUCGAAGCGACGGGCACGCGCAUGCUUCUAGUCCCCUGUUUUUUUUUUACUUAAUACUACUAUCCUUGGAGAAUCGGAAACUUUUUUGUUUUGGUCCUAAUUCGCGUGCGACUUUUUUCCCAUACAUUAUACAUGAUACAAAAUGCGUAUAAAAGGGGUUGCCAGGUGUCGGAGAGCGGGGGCAAUUUACAGACAGAACUUUGCUCGAGGAACCUUAUUACGUCUACGACCCUCCGGGGGUGGUUAAAAACUUAUAAGUAUAUAUAUACACACGCGCACGCGCACAUUUUCCUCGAAGGACGGGCUCAAGCCUGCGAUGACAUCACCACUCGCAGACCCUUUGGACUUUAGAUUUAUUUAGUCGAGGCGGGGGAGAAUUGUUUUAGGAAAAACCUUACUGCAGAGUUCUCGGUAAGGUGAAAACUGGAAGUUUUCCAUGAUAUUACGCCACAAACACCAGAAACAAAAUUCAUCUGAUUGGUGAUUGGGAUCGAUCAUGCACAUUAAUUGUACACGGCGUAUAUUUCGGACCAAAUAGAUUGUUAACUACGGCCGACGAAGUUUGUCAUAAUCUAGUAAUUUUCCUGCUGUAAUUGUUAGCCCUGUCAACCAUGUCUCAAAUUUUCCAAUAUUUUAAUGUUUUUUUAACAAUUCUCUCUCUUCGAACAGCAAAAAAAAAAAAAAAAAAAUCCAAAGUCGGUCGUCGUCGCUCAAAAAUAUAAAUACGUAACACGGAUUUGUUUUGCGGCAUGUUUAAAGAAAGACGACGUGAACCUGCGAGGGAAAAGGAUAGACAUAUGAUAGUUUUCAAAGGUUUGACAAAGAUCCUAAUAUAAUACCCAACAUUAGUGUGACGUAGGACUGUCCAAAAGCUUGACAAUUAGUUAAUAUUACUGUUUUAGUUUUUGUGCGAUUUUUAAUUAUUGGAGAUUAACAGAAAUCGUGAUCAAUCAAACUAACCAAAAUUAAAUGAUAAUCAAAAUAUAAUCUAAACUCUAAACUCUCUCCUCACUUUACAGCAGCCAAGUAGUGCCCCUUCUAAGCCAUUUAAGGAUGCUAUAUAGGGAGGUCUGAAUACUUGAAUAGUUUGUCCAUAAUCAUAACAUAUAACAUUUUUAAAGAGAUCCUACAGUAAAGAAAAACACAAUAUAUGCGUUAUGUCAAUCUGAACAAGGUGGAACUCAUUGUAUAUUUUCAAAUUAUAUCACCCACCAUGGGUGCCAAGUAGGUGCGAUCAGUUUAGUCGGGAACAUAAGCUCAAAUCACGUGUGAUAAAAGUAAUAAAAAAAAACUUUCGCUCAAAUCACAUACUCGUAAUAACGAAGAUACUUACAUUUAUAGGUUAUUCUUCUUAUUCUAUGGGAUCGUUUCUUGUGAAAUAACUCCACCCAUAUUUUUGUUUAUAGGUUAAAUUUAUAUAUAUUAAAGUGGAUCCUAAACGUUGACUAACGCCAACCGAAAUGGCGGACGCUACGUGAAAACUUAUAUAGCGCAUUCAGCUCAUAGUUAGUUGUGGUCAUGGGCAGAUCGAAUGUUGAGCACUAUUCAUGGUUAACUUAUCUAGAGGUUUUGGCCUGUGCAACGUUUCCCGCCUGAUAUCCUCAAAAUUCAAAUAUACAGGUUUCUUUUUUCCUUAAAAUAAAUUAUGUAGAUUCUAACUGACGAGGCGUAAUACAAAAAAGGGCGAAGACGCGAGACCUAUCCUUUCAAUUUUACGAGAACUCCGCGGAAGGCUUUUACGUUUUUCCUUUCGAAAAGGGAAAGGAAGAGGAAAAAAAAAGGUACCGAACAUCCAAACGCGCUCACCAGCGUCGUCCCCCGGGUUCUCUAGCGUCGUCUUUGUCGGGGGGAGCGACUAGUUCCCGCCUUAUUAAUAUCACAAUGCGGUCCCGCCGCGUUCCCCCCUC